GUUUGACGCUACUUUCACUUUCCGCCUGAAGCUCGCCUCUUUGCGGGGACACGAACGCGCUCGUCUCCCGGUCCGCGGUGCGUCUCCCGGCGGGCUGAGCGUCCCCUGCUAUGCGCGAGCGGCUCCGGGACCGACGCAGCCCAGGUUCUCCGCUCCGUUCCGCCCCUCUCUGACUCCAGAGGCCCCCAGGAUGUGGCCGCGCCGCCGCCGGAGCGUCGCGGCGUGGCCCGGCUGGCUGUGCGCUGCGCUGCUGGCCGCCGCCGCCGCCGCCGCCGUGCACGCUCAGCCCGAGGUCACGGUCUACGGGAAGCUGGGCGGCGAAGUUGCUCUACAUCCCGGCGUCCAAACCAGCAUCACCAGCAUCGUGUGGAAGGAGGGCGCCGACAUCGCCGUGGAGUGGGACGGGACGGAAGAGGAUCGCCACCGUCACUACAGAGAGCGUGGCAGACUGAACAGGACGAGCGGAGUGAUGACAAUCACAGGACUGGUGAGAGACGACAGCAAAGUUUACACCCCAGAGAUCAACAACAAGAAGGGCACUCCAGUUCGUCUCACCGUCAUUUCUCCCGUCCCCGUUCCCACUGUGACGAAACAGUGCGUUGACGCCGAAGCCUCAUGCACGCUGACGUGCAGCGCAGACACGACCGGGGCUGACCCCGUGACCUACCGCUGGAAGUCUGACCUUCGCGCGGUGGCUCAUCCUUUGAAGGACUAUGUCAUAAAGAAGAACGCCAGUGAGACCGUGAAGGAGUUCAGCUGCGAGCUGCAGAAUCCAGUGAGCCUGGAGAGCAGCCAGGCCGUCGCCAACCCUUUCGCUCCCACCGGAGGGGUGAAAAUAUCCAACGGAGUCAUCGUCUUCAUCUGCCUGCUGGGCGCCGUGCUGCUGCUGGUGGCCGCUCACAGACUGAAAGCAGGAGUGUGGUUCUUUGAAAAAGGAUCCAUGCCAUGGGAAGCAGACUUCUGGAAGAAGUAUGAGACUGCACCGGCGAGCGAAGCUGCUGCUGCGUCGAACGGGACCUCAGCUUCUCCGCAACAGAGACCAUCGGAUGAGGAAACGGCGUUGGCAUAGAAGACAUCCUGGUGUGAAACCGCCUGAACUGACCCACACACACACACACUGUAAAACGCUUGAGUAGACCAGAAGGGAAAUCUCUCCUGCCUGGGUUAGCUUCCACAUUAACGGGCAUUGUUUUGCUGUACCGUGAAACAACAACAACAACAACACUACAAAAGGGAAAAUUUGAUGGCGCUAAAAACAAAAAAAAAAAACAAAAAAAAGGGAACGCCGAGAAGAAACUGACAAGCUGGUUGCACAUUUCUCACCUUCCUGGUGCUUCAACAAUACCAGGAAGUCCAGUGAAGCGCCGCUGGCUUCAGAGUGUCUCAGGGCGGCCCGGGUCGGGAGGCUAAAGAGGAGAAAAAGGGAGGCCAUUGUCUCGUUUGAGCCGGCGAAGCAACAGUUGAAGCUUUGUACUGAACUUGCUUAUAGAAAGUCCCAAACUCCAAGCUUCACUUUUCAGUUCCUGAAUGUAGAUCCUUUACGUUCUUAACCCUGCUUUCAUGUUGUUCAUAUUUCACCUUGCAUGCACCUUCUUCCCCAUUAUUUUCCUGCAGUUCUAAUGGCAGGAAACCUUUUAGAGUUUUAACUGCAACAGCCCCCUGUUCAAAGAUGUGGCCUUUGUUUUUUUCCAUUAUUUCACCGUUAACAUCGUCAGUUAAGUAGUUAUUGAAAACAUGUGAUAUCAUGUUGCUGGUUUUGAAAUGUAAAAAGCUCCAGACACUCCAAACUGUCCACAUACUGGAUCUAAGGGUAAAAAAAAAAAAAAAGGCACUGAGAUUGCACCCUGUUAGUUUGGUAUUUAUUGUGGUUUU